GAGAAGUAAUUAACUAAAAGCAAAAGGUAGAUAGAGUACGAGUAAACCCUCCUUUUCCUCAGUUCUUACCCACAUUUUAGAGUCUCUUCAUGAAACAGAGCACUCUGUUUCUCUCCCACAAGUGCUGAGGAUGCCAAGGCCAGGCCCAAGGCCCUACGAUUGCGUGAGAAGAGCUUGGCACAGCGAAAGACAUCAACCCAUCAGAGGAACUCUCAUUCAAGAAAUUUUCAGGGUCGUCAACGACAUACAUGGCGCUUCCACUAAGAAGAAUAAAGAAUACCAAGAGAAACUUCCCGUUGUUGUUCUCAGAGCCGAAGAAAUUAUGUACUCUAAAGCCAAUUCUGAGGCGGAAUACAUGGACCUUACGACACUUUUGGACAGAACAAAUGAUGCCAUUGAUACAAUAAUUCGACGUGAUGAGCAUACAGAAACUGGAGAGUAUUUGCGCCCUUGCAUCGAAGCUGCUUUGAGUUUGGGUUGCUCCCUAACAAAACCUUCAAGGAGUCAACGCAACAACCAAAGGUGUUAUUUGAGUCGCAGAACUGAAGAGGUUCCCAAUGUUUCUCAUGCCAUGGUGCAUAUGGCGAAUAUAACGGACCAUACAACAAAGUCGCAACAUGUGUCUGAAAAUGUACCUUCGGCUAGUAAAAAGCAGUGCUUGGAAUUUUCAGCUUAUCCCCUAUACUAUGGGAACAACAUCCAACUUGAAAUGUCCCAACAUGAUCUUGAAGUCUCACAUGUUUCUCACACUUGUGGACCUGCCCUUAUGUUAAAUCCCUCAAGUGAGGGAUCCCAAUCAUUCAUUGUUAAUGGAGAUUUUGAGAAUCCAUUCACAAACAAAUGUGAUCUAUCAUUGAGGUUAGGUCCCUUUACUGUAGAUGCCCCUAGUUUUGGAAAUGAUCAGUUUCAGGAGGCUGACGUGAGAAGCAAGUUAAUUGUUGGAACCUCCCAGAAGGAUGAAAAGUUGAAGCUUCGAGGAAAAUUUUGUGGGAGUGCAACCAAAAGUACAAUAACAGCACACAGGUUUUAGAAGAUGAGAGAGUUUGUUUAAAGACAAAAUUUAUGUGUUGUUAUUUUGGAUUCCGAUAAUGUUGUUUAAUAAUUAAAAUUAGAACUUUAGUUUAAUGAAAUAUUUAUAUUUAAUAUUAUUAAAAAUUGUACUUAAGUUUUGAUAUUUGUUUAUUGUUAUGUAGUAAACUAGAGAAAUUUAGGUUUUUAAACUUGUACUUUGCUAUGCUUCUUCAAAUGGCUAAGCAUUUAUGUAUUUAGAUGUUCAUCUCAGCUGUGUUUUAUGGGUUAUGUAAAUAACAAAUUCAAUCUGAAUUAUAACGGUGG